AUGGGAGGUACCUCGCAUACCGGGAAGACGGUGUGCAGAGGGACAAGGCCAAGUACAAGAUCAUCACAGUGCAUGCAUUUGAUAGCACCAAGGACUUCCCCUCACCUGUUUCCAAGAGCAGGGUACGGGGAAAGUGACCCAAACCCCGGUCGGAGUGUCAAAAGUGAAGCCUUGGAUAUAGAGGAGCUCGCCGACCAGCUGGAGCUUGGACAGAAGUUCCAUGUCUUGGGUGUCUCCAUGGGAGGAUACACAGUUUGGGGUUGCCUCCAGUAUAUACCUCACAGGCUCGCAGGAGCCGCGCUAGUAGUACCAGUUAUCAAUUACUGGUGGCCUUCGUUCCCGCCAGAGGUGUCCAGGCAGGCUUUCAAGAAGCUCAUUGUACCAGAGCAGAGGACCCUCUGGAUCGCACACAAUGCGCCUUACUUUUUAUACUUGUGGAUGACCCAGAAAUGGCUCCCUUCUUCUGCGACAGCCAUGCAUCAUCCUGAAAUAUUUAGCGACCAUGAUAUGGAGGUGAUUCAGAAAAUGAUGGCAAUGUCGAGAACCAUUGAGAAUAAAUCAAGGCAGCAAGGAAUUUAUGAAUCAAUCCAUCGAGAUUUACUUGUUGCUUUUGGGAAUUGGGAGUUCGAUCCAAUGAAUAUUACAAAUCCAUUUCCUACAAAUGAGGGUUCUGUACACAUCUGGCAAGGAUAUGAAGAUAGGUUGGUGCUGGUUGAGCUGCAGCGGUACCUUUCAAAGAAGCUUCCAUGGAUCCAGUAUCAUGAAGUCCAAGAAGGUGGACAUAUGUUCAUGCUGGUGGACGGAUGGACCGAUAAAAUUAUCAAGGCACUCUUGGUAGGAGAAGAGGCAUCACCUAUGUGA